CAGGGUCCCUGGUGUAAUGCAAGCCCCUCUAGGGUGCUAUUUCGCAAUAUCAGGCUCUUGCUAUUGGUCAGUAUCUGAUCAUAUGCUACAAUUUCUUUCUGUCCCUCACUGGCACCCGGCCACCCCCCUUCAGCUAAAACCCAAUCUCCGAUAAACUACUAAUAGCUAAACCACUUGGACUAUAAAACACAACAAAUCAUAAAGCCAGGAAGCUCGCUGCCUCCUCCCAAUGAGUUCUUAUUUUGUCAAUUCCACUUUCCCGGUAACUCUGCCUGCUGGCCAGGAAUCCUUCCUAGGUCAAAUCCCCUUAUAUUCCUCAGGCUAUGCGGACCCUUUAAGACACUAUCCUGCAGGCUAUGGAGCCACUGGAGUCCAGGACAAGGGCUAUGGCUCAUCUCCCUAUUACCAGCCAGCUAAUGGAGCUUACAGCAGGACAGCAGCCUGUGACUAUGGAGCAGCUGGGUCACUUUACAGGGACAAGGACCCUGGCUGCUCACUGUCCUCCCUGGAUGAGCAGAGCCACUACAGCCAAGAGCAGCGCAAACCGGACUGUGCGCACAGCAAGACGCUAUUUGACGAGCAGGAAGACGCAAAGUGCUCCACGCCAGUCUACCCCUGGAUGCAGAGGAUGAACUCUUGUAACACUUCGGUAUUUGGGCCCAGUGGAAGGAGAGGCCGGCAGACCUACACCAGAUAUCAGACCCUGGAGCUGGAGAAAGAGUUUCAUUUUAACCGAUACCUGACCCGAAGGCGCAGGAUCGAGAUCGCUCAUUCUCUGUGCUUGACCGAGCGUCAGAUAAAGAUCUGGUUCCAGAACAGGAGAAUGAAAUGGAAAAAAGAGAGCAAACUUCUCAACUCCUCUCUGCAGAGCACAGGGGAGGAAGAGAAAGCGGCUGAGUGACAGAACGUCUGUCGAAACGUGCUCCACAAUCCUUGUUCCUUGAAUAAAUUAUUCUUGCACACAAGACUGGUAAAGAACAAAAAACUAGUGACACAGAUUCUAUGUGAAACAUAAACAUUCUACUACCUAUAUGUCUGACUACUAGUCAGAAUCCUUGAUAGACUUUUGAAUAUGCAUAAUCAUAUGUAUGUAUCUAUAUAAGUAUAUAAAUACAUACAUGUAUAUAUAUGUCUGUAUAUAUGCAUAUACAUGUAUUUACACACAUAUAUAUAUAUUAAUAAAAAGCACUCGAUCUUCAAGAGUCUUGUGUACCAACCAUGCACGAUUUGAAGGUUCUAUAUUCUUUCUUUUAUUUCUAUGUCUACUGAAAGUACUUAUAUAUAUAUUGCCUAGGAUCAAAUUGUGAAUUGCUAUAUUUUGUUAUUUUUUUGAAUGUGGUUGUUUGUGAUUUCUAUUUGUAGUUUGUAUGAGAAAAAAAAAAAAACGUUUAUUAUAUUGUCCAUUGUUAGUUGAUAAUAUACUGAGUGGAACCGAAAGACAUCCAUGGGAUUUGGUAUCUUUAUUGUUCUAAGUGUACUGUUAUACUGGAAGCACAAACUGUCUGUAUUUUUUAAAGCACACGGCCUAUGGGGGAUUUAAACUGACCAAACAUCCGUUCUGAUUAAAAAAAAAAAAACGAAAAAAAAAAAAUAAUAAAAAAAUAAACUGGCUGUGUUCUGCACUUUCCCAACAUUAAAAUGAAAGGUAUCACAAAUGGAAAAAUUACCCAUAUAUUUUACUAGCACAGCGUCUGCACAUCUCACUAAUUCAAUUUUCUGCUGUUCUAAGGACGCAGACUGUCUGGGAUAUUUCAUUAAAUGUUGCUGGAAUUAAACUUGUGACUUAUUUUCUCUGUAUAUUUGGGACUGGGUAUUUAGAUCUGAUUUUAUCUGCUGUAUAAUAAAAUAUUUGCAUUUCCCCGAGAAA